AUGGCCUUCUCUGGCUACGCAGUCCAGGGUCAGAUGCCAGGCUAUGCGGCCCACCCGGCCCCCCGAGCAGCCCAGCCAGUUAUCCACCCGGCCGCGGGCUAUCCGGCUUACUCGACCUACCCGAUCCAGGUGAGGAGUGGGGCUGUUGGCAACUCGGCCUACCAGUACCCUCAGCAACCGCAUCCUCAGCUCCCUCAGCAAUUCUCGGCGCGGCGAUCUACUGCGGCGCCGGCCAGUCAGAUCCGCUCUCCAAACGCGGGCACGCGCGUGCGCACGGCUGCAGACGCGCCUAUGCCGCCGCAGGAGGCAAUUCGGCUGCUGAAGGAGGGCAACGCCCGCUUCGUGCGGGGCGAGCCGCAGGCCACGCGAACCAACGCGGCCAUGCGCCAGGAGGCUGGUGGACCUGGGUCAGGCGCCCCACACGGCCAUCUUCGGGUGCGCGGAUUCCCGGGCGCCCAUCGAGACCGUGUUUGA